UUCACCCCGAGAUCAGGAGUCUAGUUAGCUCGGCACAACCUACCACCAUAACUCAAGCUGUUACCUUAGCAGUGAGCCUCACUGAGGAGGCAGUGAGAAUGGAGAAGAUUCCUGCGAAGGGUUCGGAAAAGAAAGAGACUCACGUAGAGUCUACUAGUGGUGGAAAGCGAAAAUUUUCACACUCCAACAAGGGUAUGCGUGUGAACAACAACGACGGCACCAAUGCUAACAAACGAAGGGAAGUAAACCCACCAAGAGGUGGCAAGGCUUUCACAGCAACCAACGAAACUAGGGGUAAAGGCUAUUUAGGCACCCUGCCUAAAUGCGACAAGUGUAAGUAUCAUCAUGAGGGCCGUUGUGCAAAGUGUGAUAAAUGCGGUAGGAUAGGCCACUAUAAGGAAACAUGCUGGGUAGGAAGGGGAAAAGGAAACACAAACCGUGGAGGAAAUGGUAACAACAAUCAAGGUAGAAAUGACAACGAGAAUGGAACUGGAAACAGAAAUGGAAACAACAAUGGCAACGGAAAUGGAGCUGGAAAGGGGCAAGGAUGCUACAACUGUGGUGACAACGGGCAUUAUAGGAAGGAUUGCCCUAAGGAAAACCAGGCUCGUGGGAGAGCUUUUGUGAUCGGAGCCCGAGAUGCACGACAGGACCCGAACGUUGUUACGGGUAACUAAGUGGAUCUUGGUGCAACAAAUUAUGAAGUUUCAAGUUUACUAUGAAGACGAUGUCAUCCGUAUUUUGGAGGGUUUGAUCCAUAUAUCCCGUCUUCGAACGGGACAUAGGAUGCAAAACCUCGUUAUUUCAAAAACUUUAUUUUGAACAAGUCUUGUUUGUAGAACUUAUAAACUUAUGUUGUCUUUUGCUACAAAACAACUUUUGACUUGUAUCUUUACAUUAUGGAAUGGA